UCCCUCCCAUUUCUUUCUGCUCCUCUUAUUUAUUCACUUCUUUCUCUUCCAUUUUCUUCUACCCAGAAACCAAAAAGGACAGAAAAAAAAGACCCAUUUCCAGAAUUUUCUUUUAUGGGUUAAAGUUCUUAGCUUUUGCUGGAAAUCCCAUAAAGAGUUUCGUUAUUUCUUUUUGGUCCCUGUUUGUGUGUGGGUUUUUAGAAGGGGCAAUGGAGGGAGGAUUCCAUGGAAGCACUGAUGGUUCAGCUUUCAAACAAUGCUUCUCUCUGGCUUGGAAGAAUCCUUAUGUUCUUCGUCUUGCUUUCUCUGCUGGAAUUGGUGGCCUUCUUUUUGGCUAUGACACUGGAGUCAUUUCUGGAGCUCUUCUUUACAUCAGGGAUAACUUCAAGGCUGUGGAUAAAAGCACUGUUUUACAGGAAACCAUAGUGAGCAUGGCAAUAGGAGGUGCCAUAAUAGGAGCAGCAAUGGGAGGAUGGAUGAACGACAGAUAUGGGAGAAGAACUGUAAUUCUCAUAGCAGAUUUGCUCUUCUUCAUUGGAGCUGUGGUAAUGGCAGCUUCACCCAACCCUUCCCUUCUCAUUGUCGGUCGAGUUUUCGUCGGACUUGGUGUGGGAAUGGCUUCCAUGACCUCCCCUCUCUACAUCUCUGAGGCUUCCCCUUCAAGAAUCCGUGGUGCCCUUGUCAGCACCAACGGUUUUCUCAUCACUGGUGGCCAGUUUCUCUCCUAUCUAAUCAACCUCGCUUUUACAAAGGCACCAGGCACAUGGCGAUGGAUGCUUGGGGUUGCAGGCAUUCCAGCUCUCUUGCAGUUUAUCUUAAUGUUCUUGCUUCCCGAGUCACCUAGAUGGCUAUACCGCAAGGGAAGAUUAGAAGAGGCGGAAAGGAUACUAAGAAAAAUAUAUUCGGAAAACGAGGUAGAGGCGGAGAUUCAGGAUCUUAAGGAAUCGGUUGAAGCAGAGAUCAAGGAAAAGGAGUCUUGUGAGAGGGUUAGCUUGAUGAAGAUAUUGAGAACCAAAACAGUGAGAAGGGGGCUUUAUGCAGGGGUUGGGCUCCAGAUUUUCCAGCAAUUUGUGGGCAUAAACACAGUGAUGUACUACAGCCCAUCUAUAGUUCAGCUGGCUGGCUUUGCUUCUAAUGAGACAGCACUGCUGCUAUCACUGGUCACAGCUGGGCUCAAUGCAUUGGGCUCCAUUGUGAGCAUAUAUUUCAUUGAUAGAACAGGGAGGAAGAAGCUUCUAGUGUUCAGCUUAUUUGGUGUCAUAGUUUCUCUUGGUGUGCUAUCAGCAGUGUUUCAUGAAACAACAUCUCACUCUCCGUUAGUGAGCUCUGGAGCCAGUCCACUCAAAGCUUACACAUGCCCUGACUACAGUUUUGCUAGCAAUGCUGCUUCUUGGGACUGUAUGAAGUGUUUGAAAGCCUCAUCUCCUGAUUGUGGUUUCUGUGCUUCAGAAUCUAAUAAGCUGUUUCCUGGAGAAUGUCUGGUAGCUAAUGAGACCGUGAAGCAACUAUGCCAUAGUGGAAACAGGCUAUGGUACACCAGGGGAUGUCCCAGCAGAUUUGGGUGGCUUGCACUCAUUGGCCUUGCUCUCUACAUCAUUUUCUUCUCUCCAGGAAUGGGAACUGUGCCAUGGAUAGUGAACUCUGAGAUAUAUCCUUUAAGGUAUCGUGGAGUGUGUGGAGGAAUAGCAGCCACAGCCAAUUGGGUAUCAAACCUUAUUGUUGCUCAGUCCUUCCUAUCAUUAACCCAAGCAAUAGGGCCUUCCUGGACGUUCCUGAUAUUUGGAUUGAUUUCAGUAGUAGCACUUAUGUUUGUCCUCAUAUUUGUGCCUGAAACUAAGGGCCUUCCCAUUGAGGAGAUCGAGCAGAUGCUUGAGAACAGGGCUUUGCAUUUCAAGUUCUGGGAGAACAGGGCAGAUCUGUUGCCCAAAAGCUAAGCGCCUGAAAAAAACAGUACCAUAAGUAGUGUUAUAUAACAUGUGUUCAUACAAGAGUGGUUCGAUUCUAUAGUUUUCGUGUUUGUUAAUGGUGUCAAUCGUGGGUAAUGUGUUAAUUCACAUAAAGAAUUCUCCAAAAGGGUCGCUGUGAUUGCUUCU